AUGUGGGACCCCGAGGAGAUCGUCGAAGCAGCAGCAGCAGUGGACGCAGCAGCAAACCGCGACUCAGUGGAAGCAGCAACAAAGGCGUAUGAGGCUAAAGCAGCAGCAGUUGAGGAGGAUGCUGCAGCAACACAAGCUGCAUCUGCUCCCGCUGCAGCCGCAGCAGAAGCAGCAGCAGCAACAGCAGCAGCGGGAGAGGGUGGGCCGCCUUCAUCCUGCCAGCCCUCAUUUGCUGAUUUUUCGAGCCCUUCCUUGGACGCUGCGCUGCCGGCUGCAGGCGCAGCAGCCCGCGGAGCAGCAGAAAAGGCAGCAGCAGCAGCAGCAGCAGCAGCAGCGGGUGGCCGCAUCCGUUUGCUGCCGGAUGACGUGGUGCGGCGCAUAGCAGCAGGAGAGGUGGUGACGCGGCCUUCUGCUGCUCUGAAGGAGCUGCUGGAGAACAGCUUGGACGCGGGGGCCCUUCGGGUGUCUGUACACUGCGUGGGGGGCGGGCUGCGGCUGCUGCAGGUGGCGGACGACGGCUGCGGAAUUGCUGCAGCAGACCUGCCGCUGCUGUGCGCCCGGCACUGCACCAGCAAGCUGCAGCAGCUGCAGCAGCUGCAGCACCUGCAGUCCUUUGGCUUCAGGGGAGAGGCCUUAGCAGCACUUUCUCUCGUUUCGAAGCUGUCGGUGUCAACGAAGGAGGUGGGGGCCCCCCACGGGCUGAGCUGUACGUACACCGCAGGGGUCCUCGCUGAAGACCCCACACCGCUCGCCAGAGCUCGAGGCACAACAAUAAAAGCAACAGAUUUAUUUUAUUGUCUUCCUGCGCGUCGGCGGGUCUUUCUGUCGUCUGCUGUGGCGGGGGGCGGCGCAGGCGCAGCAGCAGCAGCAGCAGCAGCAGCAGCAGGAACAGAUGAGUACUUGAAAUGCCUGCAGGUCGUUGGCCGCUACGCCCUCAACAACCCCCACGUUGCUUUCGUUAUGAGGAGGCAGCAGCAGCAGCUGCCAGACAUCAACACAACAGCAUUUGGGCUUUCAGAGGCCAGGAAGCUGCUGCAGCAGCACAGAAAACAGCAGCAGCCGCAGGAAGGCGACAGCAGCAGCAGCAGCAGCGGCGAGUUGACCUGCAGCUGCUGCUGCACAGAGGAUAAAGAAAGAGUGCCUACUGCUGCAGAGCUGCGGCUGCUGCGGGGAAUUGCGCUGCUGCAGGGGGGAGGGCUCAGAGUAAUUGAAAAGAUUCAUGGGGAAGCCACCAGCAGCACUUUGCUGCCUAUACACCUCAAGGGGCGGCUUCCUGUAGCAGCUCUGAACUUCCUUCGCAGCGGGGAGCAGCAGGAGCAGCAGCAGCAGCAAGAAUGCCAGCAGCAGCAGCCGGCGAGCGAAGGCGAAGCGGCUGCAGAAGCUGCUGCAGAGAGUGGUAGCGGAGACAGCAGCAGCAGCAGCAGCAGCGAAAGUGUUUGUCCAUUAUUGCGCGAGUUGGCCUCCCUGUUCGGGGAGCAGCAGGAGGAGCAGCAGCAGCAAGAAUGCCAGCAGCAGCAGCCGGCGAGCGAAGGCGAAGCGACUGCAGAAGCUGCUGCAGAGAGUGGUAGCGGAGACAGCAGCAGCAGCAGCAGCAGCAGCGAAAGUGUUUGUCCAUUAUUGCGCGAGUUGGCCUCCCUGUUGUUUGCUGCAGCUGAUGGCUCUGCUGGUGCUGCUGCAGCGGGUGCGCCUGCAGCAGCGGGUGCGUCUGCUGCUGCAGUAGCAGCAGCAGCUGCUGCUGAGUUAUAUUUGACAGAUAUUAAUGAGGGCGAAUGGCGAGUCUCAGGCCUUGUUUCUGCAGCUAACAGAGGACAAAAGAAAGCGUCAUUUUGCUUCUUUAUUAACUCCAGGCUUGUUGACUGCCCUGCGCUCAAGCGCUGCGUCGACGGGGUUUACGGGCAGCUAAUGCCGAAGGGCCAGAGGCCGUGGGUAUAUUUGUCUCUAGAGCUGCCUUCGCCUCUGGUAGAUGUUAAUGUGCAUCCCAGCAAAAGCCAAGUUCGUUUUCUGCACGAGGAAGUCAUUGCUGAGGCCAUAGCUCAGGCCCUCAUGGCUCGCGACAACUGUUCUGCCGGAGUGCUGCCCGGGUUGUCUUGCUUGCUGUUCUUUUGUUUGGCCGUCAAUGGGGCUUCUGCCGUCGACACCUUUUAUCUGCUGCUGCUGCUGCAGGAGAUGCUCAGCGGGCAAACAUCCUCAAAAGCCUUGCUGUUGCAGGAGCCGGCCGUUGCUGAAUCUAAGCUAAAGCAGCAGCACCUCGUGCUUGUGUCUACUGACAGUAAGACGCAGGAGCAACCGGAAGGAGAUACCACGAAUAAACGCAGAAGCAGCGGAAGCAGCAGCAGCAGCAGCAGCAGCAGCAAGCCUGCUCUGAAGCCCACUCGAACGAGAACAGACGCUCGACAGCUUCCCCUGAGCGCCUUCUGGCAGCACAGCUUCCAUUCGCAGAAGGCACAGCCGCUGGGGCAGCAGGAGCAGCAGCUAAUUCCGUGUAGCAGCAUCAGCAACGCCACGGCUGCUGCACCGUUGCAGGAAGGUCCGGGAGACCAAGUGCAGCUGCCCGAUGAGCAGCAGCAGCAGCAGCAGCAGCUGGAGCAAGACUCUUCUGAUGGCAUGCCAUCGCAACACCCGGAGCAGCAGCAAGAGCAUCAGCAGCAAGAGCAGCAGCAGCAAGGGCAUCAGCAGCAAGAGCAGCAGCAGCAAGAGCAUCAGCAGCACGAGCAUCAGCAGCAAGAGCAGCAGCAGCCAGAGCAGAGCCCUGCUGCCGCAGAACCAGCAGCAACACAAGCAAGCAGCCAGCCGCAGUCAGUGCUGCGGCUGUUUGAUGAGAGAUCCAAUGGUGGACACGUUCUAGACAGGGUUGCCCCCUGCAGCAGCAGCAGCAGCUCACGGACAGACGCGGGGCGGCUUCGGAGCGUCCGGCAGCUGCUGAAGCGCUGCGCAGCAGCAGCCGGAGUGGAGGCCGCAGACAGCAGCAGCAGCAACCGAGAUAGCGCGACGGCCCUGCAGGGCUGCACAUACGUGGGGGCAGUCAACUCCAAGAUGGCGUUGCUGCAGAAGGGAGAAAGUCUUCUUCUCGUGAAUCUCCCGGCCGUGGCAAGAGAGUGUGUCUACCAGUCUGUUCUACGGCGGCUAGGCAGGCUGCCCGUGGUCAGGCUGCAGGUGCCCUCGAAGCUAGAAGCAGCUCUCUGUGCUGCCCUUAGGGAGCAGCAGUACCAAAACGAGUCAGAGCCGCAGCAGCAGCAGCAGCAGCAGCAGCGGGAAACGGCUCGGCAGCACUGCGCAGUGCUGCUGCAGCGCCGCGCGCUGCUGGCAGAUUACUUCGGUCUCGUGCUGACACGAGAUGGCUGCCUCGUGGGGCUGCCUCUCUGCUGCGGCCGCCAUUUGCCCUCGCCUCUGCUGCUGUGCUCCUUGCUGCUGCGGCUAGCCACAGAGGUAGACUGGUCCGAAGAAGUUGCGUGCCUCCACGGCAUCGCGCUCUUGCUGGCAGAGGCGUACACCACAGUGGACGAAUCUUCUGCUGCAGUUCCAGCAGAAGCUGCUGCUGCUGCUGAAGAGGCUUCUGCGGAGUCAAACGAGCACGCCAGGCUGCAGCAGCAGCAAAAGCAGGAUCAAAGCAACAGCAGCAGCAACACACUGCUGUUGCAGCAAAAAGCGUGCCUUCGGGAGGAGGCUGCAACGCAGCGGGAUUGCAGCGAUAUCGACAAGCAAAUGGCUGCUAGCCCAGAGACCCGGCGGAUGUUCAGCAAUGUGCUCAUGCCUGCCCUUCGUUUCUACUGGAAAGCCUACAUCCCCAAUUGCUUUUUCUCAGACGGCACUGUUAAGGAGCUAACAAACCUUAAGGCGCUCUACAGGGUAUUUGAGCGCUGCUGA